AUGAUGGCGCUGUCAACUGUGUUUUUAACAUUUGUGAGUAAAACGACAGAGCGACAACAGUUAAGACGCUUUUUUCAAUCUCGUCAAUCAGGACAAAUUCAACGACCCAAAUUGCAAUUGCGUAAUUCGCAACAGAUUGGUGGAUUAAAUCGUCAGUUGGUAAAGAAACCUUCUUCAAUCAGCAAAAAACUUCUACAAAGUUCCACUAUCAUAAUUAAUAAUGGUCUGCGACUUCAAAGAAACAAAUCAGGACAGCUACAAUUCGUUCGUCUGAGAAAAUUACUUGGACAAAUUCCUUCCGAAAGAAUAAAGAAAAUUUCGGAUGAAAAGAAAAUACAAUUACAGUUGCAACCAUUCAGCUUCAAAGAUGGACCAUUUAAUUUCACGAAUCGAUUUGAGGUUACUACGAAGGCUGACACAAUAAGCCAUCUGCUACAUUUUACCACCACCACAUUACCACUUUCUUCACUAAACAGCAGCAAUUUUGAUUUAGAAAGCAAAAAUUUGAAGAUAUUUACCUCUACUGAAUUUCCAUUGGAAUUCCUGAAUGAAACGAUUUUAUCAGCAAAUGAUAGAAACAAUACGUUACCGUCUGAGGAACAAUCGCAACAACGCCCUCAACAUAUUAUUAUAUUUGAAAAUGAAAAGCAAAAUUCAACAGUAACAGAAUCAACACCUUUGCCUACGGUAGCGGUAGCAGAAGCUCAUCAUACUUCAUCGCCGUUUAUUGUACAACCUUCGCUUCCUAUUGCACCCAUAUCUGAAUCAAAAUUUUCAAAAAGUUUACCGAGCAAUGCUGAACCACCUGGUAUCGUUCCACCCAGCGAUCAAAUAAUUGAGCAACUGAACGAUGCUCAAAAUUUCCGUGUUUUAGCAGAACUUAUGGAACUUAAACGAGAUUUUAAUAGAAAUGACACUAAUUAA